UCGUAUACAUACUCUCUCCCUCAGAACAAACACAGAGAAAACUAUAGCUAUGGCGGCCUCCUCUUCCUGCCAUUACCAGCCAUCGUUGUCCGCAGAAAUAAUUGCAAACAAUGAAAAUCUUUUAACCGAGAUAUUCAUCUUCCUCCCUAUCAAAUCUUUGCUCAAGUUUAAAUCUGUAUCCAAACACUGGUUUUCCAUCAUCACCGGUCCCAACUUCUCCAUCCGCCUCAGCCGUGUCCCCAAGCCCAUAACUGGCCUCCUUAUGCGUUGCAACAACAGCCCAGAAUAUAAUUUCAUCAAUCUUGGUUCCAAUCCUUCUCCAGCUCCUUUUAAAUCUCUCACUUUUGGAAACAUCCCAUCUCGGAUUCACAUCAAACAAUCCUGCAGUGGUCUCUUAUUGUGCAGUUCUUUGCAAGAAAAUGCACCUCGCCCCCACUAUUUUGUUUACAACCCCACCACAAACAAAUACACGAUGCUUCCUCCAAUCCCUAAUGAUAAGGGGGCUUUGUUUCGUGAUUUUGUUUUGGCAUUUGAUCCUUUGCAGUCACCUGAUUACAAAGUCGUUUGUGUGAAAGAUAGUUUUCUUUAUGAAAGUUCUUUUCAGAUAGAGAUUUACUCAUCCCAAACAGGAACUUGGAGACUAUGCAAUUCUUCUUUCAAUUAUCCGAAUAGUCCAUUUUUCCUGGAGGGUGUUUUCUGGAACAAUGCCAUUUACUGGUGCAAAUCGAGUCCAUAUAUGUAUUUCGACAUGGAUAAAGAGGAAGUCCGAGAAAUGCCAAUGCCUCCGAAUAUCAGUGGAUUGGAUGAGAAAUGGAGAUGGUAUUUGGGAACAUCUCGAAGCCAUUUGCAUCUCAUAGACAUUUACUGCCCUUUCAAUACCAUAUUCAACAUCUAUGAAAUGGAGAAAAGAGAGGAUUGCUGCAGGUGGAUCGUGAAGUAUCAGGUUGAUCUUAGUCUGAUAGUAAAAUCAUACCCUGAGAUGAUUAAAAACUUCCAUAGGGACUUGCAUUUCUAUUUAUUUUCCAUAUUAUGUGUUGUGAGGGAAGAAAACGACGAUGAUUCGUAUUUGGUGGUGCAUUUACCUGCAAAGGUAAUUCGUUACAAUUUCAAGGAUAAGAGUUUCAACAAGAUCCAUGAUUUUGCUUCAGCUGAUUCUGAACUUCAAGGUGCAAAUGAAAAUGGAAAUACACAAGUAACCGAUUUUGAUUUUGUGGGCACUGCUGCUUUUCAAUUCAUAGAGAGUCUUGCCUGCGUUUGAAGACUCAUCUUUUACUUUUGAUCUCAGCAGCAAGUGUACGUUUGUUUUAUGAAGUAUAAUAUGAAUUACUUCAUGCAUUGAAUUGAAUAAUUACAUUUCAUUUCUUCCUGCAA